AUGAAUCAGGAACAGCCAAGACGCCCCCACUCCGACCAAGACCCCAUCAAAUACGGCGACGUUUUCGGCGUCUCCGGCGACCUAGCAGAUAAGCCUGUCGCACCGGAAGACGCCGCCAUGAUGCAGAGCGCCGAGACCCGAGUGCUAGGCAAGACCCAACCUCGCGGAGCAGCCUCCUUCAUGCAAUCCGCCGCCACUCAGAACGAGCAGGCCGGCCUCGUCGGUCACCGAGACGUCACCGAUGUCGCCGGAGACCGUGGCGUCACCGUCACAGAGACUCAAGUCCCCGGAAGACGCAUAGUAACGGAAGCAGUCGGUGGACAGGUUGUGGGACAGUAUGUUGAGCCGACCCCGGUUCAAUCAGGUCGAGCCGGUGCGGUCCGAGACAUUGAUAUAACCAUAGGGGAGGCGUUAGAGGCGACCGCGCAGACGGCGGGAGGGAAGCCCGUGGAUCAGAGUGACGCCGCCGCGAUACAGGCGGCGGAGGUUAGAGCGACGGGGAGUAAUGUUGUAUCGCCGGGGGGUUUGGCUGCUAUGGCUCAGUCUGCGGCGGCUUACAAUGCUGAUUGCAAGCGUGAUCAGGAGAAGAUAAAGCUCGGCGACGUUUUGAUCGCCGCCACCGCGAAGAUACCGGCGGACAAGGCGGUGACACGACAAGAUGCUGAAGGGGUGGCGAGUGCUGAAAUUAGGAACAACCCGGAUGGGACGGCCACUCCUGGUGGCGUAGCGGCUUCUGUGGCUGCAGCUGCUAGGCUCAAUGAAAACGUUAACGUGUGA